GGAUCGGAAUCAUCGUUCCGACUGGAGCGAGCAUAUGACAGCGCAUCUGUUGAACGCCCCAUUCUUUUCCAUCGCGUCUCUAGCCGGAACAGGUCGUGAUUCUCUUAGCCCUUGUUUGAAUUCGAAUUUGAACGCACUACAUCAAAAUGGGUAAGGAAAAGACUCAUAUUAACAUCGUCGUCAUCGGACACGUCGACUCUGGCAAGUCGACCACCACCGGUCAUUUGAUCUACAAAUGCGGCGGUAUCGACAAGCGUACGAUUGAGAAGUUCGAGAAGGAAGCCCAGGAAAUGGGCAAGGGCUCGUUCAAGUACGCCUGGGUGCUCGACAAGCUGAAGGCCGAGCGUGAGCGUGGUAUCACCAUCGAUAUCGCCCUGUGGAAGUUCGAAACCGCCAAGUACUACGUCACCAUCAUCGACGCCCCUGGACAUCGCGAUUUCAUCAAGAACAUGAUCACCGGAACGUCCCAGGCCGAUUGUGCCGUGCUGAUCGUCGCCGCCGGUACCGGUGAGUUCGAGGCUGGUAUCUCGAAGAACGGACAGACCCGCGAGCACGCUCUGCUGGCCUUCACGCUGGGAGUCAAGCAGCUGAUCGUCGGUGUGAACAAGAUGGACUCGACCGAGCCCCCGUACAACGAGGCCCGUUUCGAGGAAAUCAAGAAGGAAGUCUCCUCGUACAUUAAGAAGAUCGGUUACAACCCGACCGCGGUCGCUUUCGUGCCGAUCUCCGGAUGGCACGGUGACAACAUGUUGGAACCGUCCACCAAGAUGCCGUGGUUCAAGGGAUGGGCCGUUGAGCGCAAGGAAGGCAAGGCUGAUGGCAAGUGCCUGAUCGAGGCUCUGGAUGCCAUCCUGCCCCCGUCCCGCCCGACCGACAAGCCGCUGCGUCUGCCGCUGCAGGACGUGUACAAAAUCGGCGGUAUCGGAACAGUACCGGUCGGUCGUGUGGAAACCGGUGUGCUGAAGCCCGGUACCGUGGUUGUGUUCGCCCCGGUGAACCUCACCACUGAAGUCAAAUCGGUCGAAAUGCACCACGAAGCCCUGCAGGAGGCCGUGCCCGGAGACAACGUUGGUUUCAACGUGAAGAACGUCUCGGUGAAGGAAUUGCGCCGUGGCUACGUGGCCGGCGACUCGAAGAACGCCCCACCGAAGGGUGCCGCCGAUUUCACCGCCCAGGUCAUCGUGCUGAACCACCCGGGUCAGAUCAGCAACGGAUACACGCCGGUGCUCGAUUGCCACACCGCGCAUAUUGCGUGCAAGUUCGCCGAAAUCAAGGAGAAGGUCGAUCGCCGUUCCGGCAAGUCCACCGAGGACAACCCGAAGUUCAUCAAGUCUGGCGAUGCUGCCAUCGUCAACCUGGUGCCUUCGAAGCCGCUGUGCGUCGAGUCGUUCCAGGAGUUCCCGCCUCUGGGACGUUUCGCCGUGCGUGACAUGCGACAGACCGUUGCUGUCGGUGUGAUCAAGGCGGUCAACUUCAAGGAUGCCUCCGGUGGUAAGGUCACCAAGGCUGCCGAGAAGGCCACCAAGGCCAAGAAAUAGCCGCCAACUGGUGCAUUUAACAACAACACCCUUGCAACAACAACAACAAAUACUGUCACCACCCUUAUCACCACCACUACCGCCAACAUCCUCGAAAAACAACAGCAUGAUCUUGCGCUGGCUGCCGCUGACCGCAGCGCCAACAUCAGCACCACAGCGUCAUCGACUGCAGCUGGAUACAGCGGCGCCGGUGAAGUUGACGAGCAGCAGCAGUCGUCGCAGCAUCCCGACAGUAACAGCAGCACUGUGUCCUCCUCCACUUACACUACCUACGUGCGAUGGCUGAUUGACAUCAAAACGUACCACCACUUCCAUCGGAAGACAUUCAGACGAAAAAGAAACGGGCUCUUUAAUUCAUUCCUUGAUAACUCUAUAAUUAAUAUCGUAAAAACUAUUAAUUAUUAAUAUUUAAAGAGAAGUGGAAAACCAUAGAGCAGCGGGAUUUACAACACAGAUCGAAUCAGGACCGGGCAGAAUUUGCUACUUUUUCAGGACUUUGAAAAUAUAUGCUAGGAUUUUACACGGAAAUUCUCGGCUCUGGUACACUUUUCCGGACAGAAACAGGAGGAAAUCGAAAGGAGCGAGGAAGGACAGAAGGGAGGAUGUGAGGAGGAGAAUAAGGAAAAUAGAGAAUCCUUGAAAAAAACAGAA